AUGGGUAUCGACUUGGAUCGCCACCAUGUGCGCAACACCCACCGCAAGGCGCCUAAGAGCGAGAACGUCUACUUGCAGGUGCUGGUGAAGCUCUACCGCUUCCUCGCUCGCCGCACGGAGUCGAACUUCAACAAGGUCGUUCUGCGUCGUCUCUUUAUGUCGCGGAUCAACCGUCCCCCGGUUUCGCUCUCUCGCAUCGCCUCGAACGUGACCGAGUCCCACAAGGGCAAGACCAUCGUCGUGAUCGGAACCGUCACCGAUGACAACCGCCUCCUGACCGUCCCCAAGCUGUCCGUGGCUGCCCUGCGCUUCACCGCGACUGCCAGAGCCCGCAUUGAGAAGGCUGGUGGUGAGGUCCUGACCCUCGACCAGCUGGCUCUCCGUGCCCCCACCGGUGCCAACACUCUCCUCCUCCGUGGACCCAAGAACGCUCGUGAGGCCGUGAAGCACUUCGGCUUCGGCCCCCACAGCCACAAGAAACCCUACGUGCGCAGCAAGGGUCGCAAGUUCGAGCGGGCCCGUGGUCGGAGACGGUCCAAGGGUUUCAAGGUCUAA